GACAAACUAACAAAUAUGGCCUCAAGACAGUCAAAAGACUCACCUGAGAAUCAAGAGCGAUGUUUAGUAAAAGUUCCCGUACAGCUGACAGAUUUAUCCAUCUUUGACAACACCUACGCUUACAUGAAGGAAAGGUUCACCGAGGAAAUGAGACGCAUUGAACAGCAGAUGAAUAAAUUCAGCACGGAUCUGACAAAGUUUUAUAGUCAGGCUACCACGGUCCACACAAAUCUUGUGCAGCAGAAUGACAAAAUGUUCACCAACUGGGAUAUGCUUACUAAUUCCCCCCUCGUACAGGGGGAGGGGGAGGAUAAGAAGUUGAAGCUACAGUUCGAUGUCAGCCAAUUUGAUCCGACAGAGAUAACUGUAAAAGUGACAGACGAUAUGCUAGUCGUCUCAGCGAACCAUGAGGAGAAGACCAGUGAUUCCAUGGUCUACCGAGGGUAUAACAGGGAGUUCAAGCUGCCUCCGGGAACAGACCCUGGGCAGGUGGUGUCCUCACUGUCUCGAGACGGGGUCCUCACGGUACAGGCACCACUACCGUACAUAUUGCCGGCCCAAGACAGCGUAGAUUGAAAGCUGAUUAUACAUACCUAUAAUAGAACAAUAUACUGGGUAAAUUUUUAUA